AGCUCGGUGGGGAGCCGGCGGUGCCCGCUCUGUUCCAGGCUGCUGAAUAACGAGGGCUCGCUCUUGGCCUACUCGGGUUAUGGGGACACGGACGCCCGCGUGACGGCGGCCAUCGCCAGCAACAUCUGGGUGGCGUACGACAAGAACGGGCACCACGCCUUCAACGAGGACAACCUCCGCUUCAUCCUCAUGGACUGCAUGGAGGGGCGCGUGGCCAUCACCCGCGUGGCAAACCUCCUGCUGUGCAUGUAUGCCAAGGAAACGGUCGGAUUUGGGAUGCUGAAAGCCAAGGCGCAAGCGCUGGUGCAGUACCUGGAGGAGCCGCUGACGCAGGUGGCCGCAUCCUGAGCUGAGCUGCAUCCCGAGCUGCAUCCCGAGCUGCAUCCCGAGCUGCAUCCCGAGCACGGAACCGCGGCGCCACGGCUGAGCAGCAGCGCCUGCAUGGGGGGAACCACGGUGGGAGCCCGGCCGUGGUGCCGGGCGGCAGGGAAGGGGGAAUAAAACCACGUCUGGUGCUCGCGUC